GUUUUCCUCUGCCCCAGCUGAAAGUUCUAAAUAUUUUCACUAUGAAGCUGCUGAUCCUCGUUUUUGUGUUCGUCGCCUCUGUGGCCUGUGUUAUGGCUCUGAGAAAUGAAAUCUGUGGUCUACCUCAUUCACUUGAUGGAGACUUAGAAUGUAGAAUCUCCUGCGAGGCUUACUUCCCCAGCUGGUCCUACGAUUCCGCCCAUAAUGAGUGCGUGAAAUUCAUCUACGGUGGCUGUGGUGGCAAUGCCAACAGAUUCCCCUCAAAGGAACUUUGUGAAAAGAAGUGCUUGGAAUAAAAUGGAAAUCGAGCAUCUCCA